CAGAAGUGAAAACAAAAUUCAUAAAAGUAAAAAAUUUGUAAAGGAGACAAAAAGAGAAGCAAGAUGCCGAAACCAAUCAAUGUAAGAGUAACUACAAUGGAUGCUGAACUGGAAUUUGCCAUUCAGCCCAAUACAACUGGCAAACAACUCUUUGACCAGGUGGUGAAAACAGUUGGUUUACGUGAAGUCUGGUUUUUUGGGCUGCAGUAUGUGGACAGUAAAGGUUAUUCUACAUGGCUUAAACUAAAUAAAAAGGUGACACAGCAAGACGUUAAAAAAGAGAAUCCUUUACAGUUCAAAUUUAGAGCUAAAUUCUUUCCAGAAGAUGUUUCUGAGGAAUUGAUUCAAGAAAUAACGCAGAGACUUUUCUUCUUGCAAGUUAAAGAAGCUAUCUUAAAUGAUGAGAUUUAUUGCCCACCAGAAACUGCAGUUCUUUUGGCUUCCUAUGCAGUCCAGGCAAAGUAUGGCGAUUAUAGUAAAGAGAUUCAUAAACCAGGCUACCUGGCUAAUGAUAGACUUCUACCCCAGCGUGUUUUGGAACAACACAAAUUGACAAAAGAGCAGUGGGAAGAAAGAAUACAGACCUGGCAUGAAGAACAUAGAGGAAUGCUAAGGGAAGAUUCCAUGAUGGAAUACCUGAAGAUUGCACAGGACCUGGAAAUGUAUGGAGUCAACUAUUUUGAAAUAAAAAAUAAAAAGGGAACUGAAUUGUGGCUAGGUGUUGAUGCUUUGGGCCUGAAUAUUUAUGAGCAUGAUGACAAGUUAACACCUAAAAUUGGUUUUCCCUGGAGUGAAAUCAGAAAUAUUUCAUUUAAUGACAAGAAAUUUGUUAUAAAGCCAAUCGACAAAAAAGCACCCGAUUUUGUUUUUUAUGCGCCUCGUCUAAGAAUCAAUAAGCGGAUUUUGGCCUUAUGUAUGGGAAACCAUGAAUUGUACAUGAGAAGAAGGAAGCCAGAUACUAUUGAAGUACAGCAAAUGAAAGCUCAGGCACGGGAGGAGAAACAUCAGAAGCAGUUGGAAAGGGCACAGUUAGAGAAUGAAAAGAAGAAAAGAGAAAUAGCAGAAAAAGAAAAGGAAAGAAUAGAACGUGAAAAGGAAGAGCUAAUGGAACGUCUAAAGCAAAUUGAAGAGCAGACAAUGAAAGCCCAGAAAGAACUAGAAGAACAAACUCGAAAAGCUCUAGAACUGGACCAGGAACGAAAACGAGCAAAGGAAGAAGCAGAAAGGCUUGAAAAGGAGCGUCGAGCUGCUGAAGAAGCCAAGUCUGCUAUUGCAAAACAAGCUGCUGACCAGAUGAAGAAUCAGGAGCAACUGGCAGCAGAGCUUGCUGAAUUUACUGCCAAGAUUGCACUUCUGGAAGAAGCCAAGAAGAAAAAGGAAGAGGAAGCUACUGAAUGGCAACACAAAGCUUUUGCAGCCCAAGAAGACUUGGAAAAGACCAAAGAAGAGUUAAAAACUGUGAUGUCGGCUCCACCUCCACCCCCACCAGUCAUUCCGCCAACAGAAAAUGAACAUGAUGAACAUGAUGAGAACAGUGCUCAGGCUAGUGCUGAAUUAUCAAAUGACGGUGUCAUGAACCACAGAAGUGAGGAAGAACGUGUAACAGAAACACAGAAAAAUGAGCGUGUUAAGAAGCAACUCCAGGCAUUAAGUUCAGAAUUGGCCCAAGCCAGAGAUGAAACCAAGAAAACACAAAACGAUGUCCUACACGCUGAGAAUGUUAAAGCAGGCCGUGAUAAAUACAAGACUCUGCGGCAGAUCCGACAAGGCAAUACAAAGCAGCGUAUUGAUGAGUUUGAAGCAAUGUGAGAGCUGUUACUUUGCAUACAUGUUCUUCAUAAGCUGAACCACCAACAGAGAAAAGCAGGCCUUUGCAGAUACCAUGGAAUGCAUCCCACCUUGCCAAAGCACUUAUACCAGUUUGACUGUUGUGACUAAAAACACAUUUAAGAGAGCUCUUUAACAUUAAAGCAAUGUGAUUUCGUUUUUUCUUUUGGGCCAGGGAAUAUAGAAUAGUUUUCCAUCUCCUCCUUUCAUACAUUCAUUUUCCUUUUUUUUUUUUCUAUUGUAGAUUAACUCUAAUUGUCAUGUCUGACAAAUGUGUAUGUGUGAUGUAAGCAAGCACUUUGUACAUUUUGAAAGCUGUGGUGAUGUAAUGGGUGCUUAGCAGGUAGAGCACUCUGUUUCCUUCCACCUUCCAUAUUUUAUUCGCUUGUUGUAUUCUUGCUCAUUAACAUCUUCUCAGUUUCCUCUUCUCAUUUCUAACACACCCACAACCGUAAUUCUGCCACAGGUCAUUGACAGGGCUUAAAAUGAGGGUAGGUGGCCGGGUGGACAGUCUGUGUUGUAUAGAAGAUGGCUCUGUGUCACGAGAGGGAUUACAGCUUUUAGCAGUGUAAUGUGUAGUUGGGGAUUGACUUUUUAAAAUCCAGUUUAAUUAUGCUAUUGGAUAUUUUAUAGUUAUUUACUAAUUACAGUCACUUUAUAGACAGUUGAAUUGAUUGGUGUUUGAUCUUCCUGUUAUCCUUUGGUUUUCUUUGCCUGCCAGUUCACAAAGGCAUAGGCAGCAGGUAGUUGUUUCCUAGGAGAGAUUAUUGAUGAAACUCUAUCUGCAAAUGACAGUUGUCUCUGAAAGAUUUGAAAAGUUUUGUUCUACAGUGAUUUAGAAAAACAGACAUUUUAUAAGAGGAAAUAAUACAUUUGCUGAUCAUUGAUAAUAAUCAUCACAAAAAUCUUGGACCUUUCUGGAAGGACAGCAGAUGAAAACAUCCAUCCCAAGGAAGGGGUGGUAAUACUACCUCACUACUACACACAUGAUGACUGGUUCUCCACACAUAAUGGCAUGUGUAAGCUAUGUGGCGUGUGUAAACUGUAUGUGUUACAGGACACAGUGUUUCCUUUCAUUCAUGAAGUUGUAUUUUUGAGAUUUCUUUCUCCUUCAGAAUAUCUUUGAGUACUAAAUUUUUAACUGCCUUUUUGUUGAACUGGAUUAUGAAUCUCUGACAGUUGCAAGCUCUCAUUGGUAUGCUGUCUUCCAGGGAGGGGAGGGAGUGUUGGAUGUCUGAAGAGGAGAGAGAGAGAGAGAUGAUGGGAGCGCGAGAAUGCAUGUGUGUGUGUGCGUGAUAGAGAUCACCCUUGUAGCGCAUGAAAAUGUACCUUAUCUUUCGUUUCUUGAUAUAAUUGUUACAUGAUCACUUUAGUGUAUUUUAUUUUUAAAUCACUUUGUGCUUUUUUCCCCUCUUAAUUGCUAAGAAUACUUAAAUUUGGUCUGUUAAUCCCAUUUCAUGAAUUAUAAUUUUAGGCUAUAUUGAUUUCAAUUAUGUCUUACAAAGAAAUAGUUUUCAGUUUGAAAGGUGGUCUAAUAUUCAUGUUCUAACAUUUCCUUUACUGUAAAACACCUAGAUUUGGAGAUAAUGAAAGCCUUGUUUUCUCUGUGUGGUUCAGCUACUUUCCAUUUGGUAUUAUGCAUUCAAAUUUACAUUUAUCUAUUAAAAUUGCCAUUUUGUUAAACAUUUUUCAUGCACAGUAGAUACAAGUUGUGUCUGAAAAUAUCUCUUGUGCUUUUUUGAUUUUUGAUUUUGCUGAUUUAAAGGAUUAAUCUGGGCAGACAUUAUGAAAAGCAAAGGUUGCAUUUAAUAUAUUUUUUGGACUUUGUAGGACAAAAGAUAACUGGUUAACCUUGAAGUGACUGUUGUACGGUGGUUGUGCAUAUGCUUCAAAAUAGUAGGGAAGAGAAUAGUUCUUGCAGCACAGUAGACAAAUAGGUGGUGAACGUGCUUUUAGGCAUGUGUCCACCUUUUUCGAGCAUUAAAGCAAUUGCCAUAAUAGGUGAAAACUUGGACUUCCACUGGGCUUUUAAUAUUCUUCAUUUUGAAUUAUGUGCACUGCCGUUGCUACAUCAGUCUGAUAUCAGUGUUGAAAAAAUACCAGUUAUAUUUGCUGUUUAUAAUCUAUAUGUAGAUUAGGAUUAAAAUGGAUUUAAUCCAUUUUUAAAGCUGUGUGAAUUUUUCUAAACAGAAACAACUAUUUGCAAUAUGGAUUUUCAUAGUGAUUAAACAAUUAUUACUUUUAUUAUUAGCAGUUGAGCACAUGUUCAUAUAGCGAUGUAAAAAUAUAUUAAUGAAUAUUUGAUAAACUCCAACAGACUUUUACCAUUAGCAUAAUUUUGUGUUGUACAAUUUAAGUUACAAUCUAUAAUUUUGGAUAACACUCAUUGGUCAACAAUAAAGUGACAAAAGCUCA